ACACGUGUAUAAAAGUUUGUAGCUCGUCGACUCUCCGAGCCGUGUAUUGCCCAUUCUUGUACGUGCGAAUCCAUUGGGAUGCAGUAUUAUUGCAUUUUUCAUCAGAGCGGACUACAUUACGUAUACACUCGUCCUAAACCCUGAAAGCUCUAUCCGAUGUCGAUUACAUUCACGCGGUCACAGUCGAGUGUCGCCGAACACGCCCGAAGCCCGAAGCUCAAACUCAAACGCGAAAGCUCAGGCCAGUCCGUAGAAAAGCUCCGCGAAAAAGACACGCUUUUUAAGUUGCCGUUUCACCACAUGUGAUAAAACUUUUUUUAAAACAGUGCCGUGACAGACUAUACACAUUUUAUACCGUAUAUUAUAUGUUGAUGAGUUUUAGCUGUGUUAAAAAAUGGGCAUAACCGAUGUGCCGAAAUUGAGAUUGUAGGCUAACACAGGCAUACGGACUCCUGUGGCAAACAAGUAACAUAAUGUUCUCUUUAUGCCGACGAUACAAAGAUGAACAUGAACAUGGUGGAACACAAAUCAAGGGAGGCUAUAUGCUACGAUACAAACGGAAGUACUUGUGGAACACGUGGACGGAGGAGUGGGUGGUGCUCUACGAUGACUCCACUAUGGCGUGGUUCAAGGACGCAUCAGGCAAGUGUAUGGCGACACAAAAGCACCUGGUGAAGGAGUGCCCCGAGAUGCUGGCCAUCUCGAGCUGGACUGGCCAGGUGCCCAAGAGGCCGCCGCUACCGCCGGGUGCGCGUCUGGCCCAACUCAUGGCGCUUGGCUCCCGGAGAAACCCUGGCCAUGUUGUGUGGAUGCUGGCCAAGUCGGACUCGGAAAUGAAAGAAUGGAUGGCGGCAAUUUCAAAAACGCUUCCCCCGCCGCCUCACAUCGAGCUUGUGAUGUCGAUGCCGUAUCUUCGGACUGCUUUCAAAAGACCAACGGUCAGAGUAAGACCGACAACGUCGUCAGAAAUGUACACGCGGUCAUCUCUCAACACUGUCGGCGCUCUGGACGGGCGCGGCCUGGUGGCGGUCAUCAAGCGGCAGGUGCCGCUUGCGGGGCAGCUCGACCACGAGCUGUCCUGGGGACAAGGCUGGGGAUGGGUCACCCUACCCAACGGCGUCUGGAGUGGACGUCUGACAUGGUCUCAAGAGGGUGAAGACUUUGCACUACACGCAAUGCCAAUUAUGCACCACACCAACGUCUCUCAAGCUUGCUCCAUGCUCGACGGCGUCACAGCCUACGAAGCAUCAGCAUACGAACAAGCCCUCGCCGAAUACGACGACACUGCCACCACCUCUGACGACUGGGACUUCGGAGUCGACUGCGGCGAUUUCAUGAUGUAACUUUCGAUUUGAGUAUACUGAUAUGAUUUGCUCUGUGACAUAAAAGUAUGGCGGAAAUAAAUCGAGUUGCAUAUUUGAAAUUGUUUGUGUAAAAGAAAUAUUUUGAGAUAAUUGUUUCUUUAUGGAAGUGAAGAUACAAUAGUUGCAGGAAAAUGGUCCUCAAGGAUAACGCAAUUAUGCUGCUGUUGCUCAAGUAUUAUGUGAAAUAAUCUGUGCUGGUCACGAGACACCAAGGAAUUUUACAAAUGUGCCAAUUAAAAACCUACAUCCAAAAGGAUAUCUUAUGACUUUUGUAUUUCUGCAUUUUACGAAACAAUAAUAAUUAAUUAUUAAUAUUAGAGAAAUAAUGUUCAGAAUAUUAAAGUGGCUCAAGGGAUAAUGCUUGUACUAGUUGCAUGUUCUUUAGACGUAACUGUGUUUGUCAUAGAAAAGAUGUGUGUAGCCAUUAAAAUUUAGAUUCGUAUUCUAUCCUAUGACCAUAACACGUAGACCAUUUUUUCGUAAAGAUAGACAUAGAAUUAAAAAAAAAUUAAAAGCACAGGAAUAGUUUGUUUGUCGGUUGAUCCGAUUAAAUUCCUAAUCAUCUUUUUUGUUGUUUAUUGAUUGGUAUAAAUGAUUAUGAAUCUCAUUAAAAAUAUCUUGACAACUUUUACCCUUUCUAAUAAAUCCAUUUACUUUACACCCUUUUUAAAUUGUCCAAAAAAUUUUUGAAAAAUUUUACUUGUAUCAAUUCAGGGUAUUUUAUACAAUCGCACAAAAAAAAAACAAAAUAAGAUCAAAAUGUUUUAUGUUAUGUUAAAAAAAACAUAGAAAUUAAGUAAAUUCGCUUAGACCCCAAUGACACCAAUUAACAUUGAAAAUUUAAAGGCAUAUUAACGUGAUAGUUAUAGAUGUAAGUGAAUCGGUGUUAGUUGUUAGACUGUGGUCGGUAGACGAAUAUAAAGAAUUGCCACUACUAAGCGAUGGAACUCUUAAAAAUUUCAAGUUGAUAAUGCUCGCCAUUGACGAUCAAUUAUUCUCACGUUUCUGCAGCACAACUAUAACUGAUCGUGAAUUGGACGCUGCGUGCAUGACGGCUCGACUUAUGAAACGUCUUCGCUGCCGUUUGAGCUGCAGAAACGUGAGAAUAAUUGACCGUCAAUGACUGACUUAAUAAAAAUUGUAUGAAAUAAUAGGUACGAUGGGUAAUGUGAAAGAGCUAAUGGAGUAGUGAUUGUAUGAAUUGUAUGGAUAAAUUCGAAAGUAGUCAAAGUACUCGUAGAAAUUUGGAGGUCGUAAGAUGUGUCUUGAAAUGUUUUAAGAUGUCUCCGGACCAAUUGGUCACAAUUGGUAUAUGCGUGGUAUUAGUACAAUAUUAUUGUCGAAAAUAUAAAUUAUACCUAGUCGCUAAAAUCUUCCGACCUACCCAAAGACUGCCUAAAGUUAUUAUACCUACCUAAUACCUGUGUUGUGUAAAUCCUAGGCACGGUACCCGCAUUUUGAAGCCCUGGUCCUGCGGAGAGUUUUGCGGUGCAUUGCAAGACAUUUUUUGAUUACCCAUAACUCCGAACUUAUCAAUAAAAUAAGGUAACUUAAAAGUAACGCAAUAAAUAAUGCUAGCAACCCUCGAUCCGAUAAACUAAUGUCAGCCACUGAUGAUCAAGUAAUCUCACAUGCUUGCAGCGCUAACGGCUUGACAGUCGAUAAACUGAUCGUGUGUUGGUAUCGCGGCCAAAUCUCGAUCAGUUGCUAGCAUACAAAAAUUAGAAAUGAAAACAAAUUCUAAAGCAAGGGUAUAAACACUAUAAUUAUUAUAAUUAGUAUAGAUUGAUCUAGACUAAUUAGAGUUAUAAAACUCAUGACAGGCAAAUUGAAUGAAAUUCAGUAAAUUUGUCUAAACCUUACCAAAAAACUCAUUUGUUGUAUAUGGUCCUAAUAAACUUCAGUAAUAUAAUUUAAUUGCCAAUUUACAAUUUCAAAACGAAACUCCGGGUGCGUGCAAAUUUGUCUCGCAAUUAAGACCAAGAUCAAAAGUUCUAAUAAUAAUAUAUAAAUUUUUAAUAACCCUAUCCAUAUAUAAUUAAGGAUGAGUCACAAAAUGAAUGGAUGGGAAAAUAGCGUAUGGGAAGUCGCUCACUUAGGUAAAUAAAGGUUGUGGGAAACUCGUCAUGUUAAUACCACUUACAACUUUAAAAUAUUGCAAGCCUAAUGGCCUAGCUGCACAUUUUGGGGCAGCACUUAAAUACACUAUGAGAUAGACGAAAUUAGUGUUAAAUUAGGACAUGUACAGAGCUAAUCUAUGAUGUCAGUGGCGCGAUUCCACUAUUUUACACUGGUCGACGAAGUAUUCGUCUAUAAGACGUCUUAUUAGAAUUUUAACUUUAUGUCUUUAAGAUGCCAAAAUUGCCAAAAUCAAAAUGUCACUAGCAACGAAGCCAUGGAAACGAACGAUGUCACAACGCUACAACUUUACAGUGCAAGCAAAAUGUACUGUUCAUCGUUUUGGCGUUACUUUGUUUUGUCUUUAGAAUUUUGAAAUUCUGUUCAUGUGUCCAUUAGAAAACAAACAAAACUGUUUGUUUUUUUAAGGAGGCAUUCAGGCAUAGACAAUUAGGAGAAAUUCCAAAAUAUCCGCUUACGUAGUACAAAAACAAACCCUAGUAAGGCACAAAUUACACAAAGAAAAUUAUUUCAAAGUAACGAAUGAAUUUUCUUUGUGCAAUUCGCUUAUCUGGUCAACUGAUAACGACGACACGAUACUGACUGCACCUGACUGGCAUACUUCUACGUCUUCGGUUUGAUUCCCAGCUAUAUUUGCUGAGGUCUACUCUGGUCGUAGUAAUAGUCAAUGCCUUGUUGUACUUAUUAGCAAAAAGUACGUAUUGCGGCGCGUAAAUAUCAAUCAGGGAUAUCUGACUGUUCCGAGCACGAACUCCGUGGUUCAAAGCGUGCCCGUCUCGUCUCAGACUGCAUCGUCAAGUCAGCCACUGAUGAUCAAUUAGUAAUCUCACAUGCCUGCAGCGCUAACGGCUUGACGACCGAUAAAACUGAUCGUGUGUUGGUCGCGAUCGGCAUGACCGGCGACCAACACACAACCAACACAGACUUGAUCGUCAGUGGCUGACAUCAUGCAGUUGGCAUCGCAGUCAAAACUUUUCUUUAAAUAAAAAAAAAACUAAGAAAGUAAGGAAAUCGACUUUUGGUUCCUUACUUUUUGAAAAAAUGAAAUAGCCCUUAUCUGGAUAAGAUAAAAAAUGUCUUACAAUGCGAUAGAUUACCUAUAUGUAGUAGCAAAUUGUGUACCUAAUUAAUUAUUAUGAAUAUUCUAGAUUAAUACUAGAUGUGUUUUAAAAUUAGAAAACGCGAAGAUCACUUCAAUGUGUUUAUUAUAAAUCUCGUGUUCUUGUUGUACUUUUUACUUAAUUUCAUUUUUUUUUUUUUUGUCAAAAUGGUCUAAAGAUAUUAAAUUAAAAAAAGAUACAUACAGCCGACCAUAGAUACUCUUUGGAAUUUAGUGAAAAAUGGGAUAACACAAUUACUAUGACUUGAAUAUCCAACGGACAGUCAUCUUUUGUAGGGCAUUCGAAAUCCCGCGUUUCUGUAUUGUUUAUAGGAACGGAUAUGCUCAAGCUUAACUAUUUCAACAACCAACCAAACAAAAUCCAACGUCCAACGGUUUUUCAUUUCCCUCGGGUAAAAGAACCAAGACUUGUCGCAUAGUCGUUGGCCACCUAACGUUAUGCUUACCAGACUUGACCAUUCCGACACCUCGUAACCCACCAACGUCCAAUGGUUUUUCAUUUCAGGCUAAAAUCUAAAUAUAAUGCAAAUGGGAAGGUAAAUUGAUGUAAUAAUAUCCGAACCAUUAUGACCUUAUUUGACGUUCACGUAUUCAUUGGAUAUUUUACCUAUUUAAAAUUUUCCUUUUCAAUAAUUGUUAUGUGUAAAAUUGUGUUUAUACAUAAUACCAGUAAAUAAUAAUUAUUAUUAUAUUAAUAUUAGUAAGCAAUAAAUAAAUCUAGACGCUGGAUUCGUUGGAAAAUAUAUUUUUGUAAAAGGCACUUUUAAUUUAUUCUAGAAUUGUAACACCUUAUAAACAUGUUUUCAUUUAUAGGUGGUUAAAAAUGUGUAACUUUAUUAAGUGGCUUUUUAAUUUAUUUUUCUGUAAUGUUUUAUUAAAUAUAUUCACUUGUGAUAAGUUUAAUAAUAAUCAUUUUCCUGCAUUUCUGUCAGUUUAGAUAAAAAAUAAUAAGUAGCUAUGUAUUCCAAAUAUGAAAUAAAAAUACUUAAUAGUAAAAUGCUAAUAAAUUCUCAUAUUAUUAUAUCGGACGCGUCAGGGUGGAAAAUGAGCAAAGAUGAAUGCGAGAUUCUCAUCUAAAGUUCGCUUCAUACGACGUGUUUUUCUCGGACGGGACGGGAUGUGAAUUUUUUGGAAAGGAAUAUCGUUUUUUUUUUAAUUUUAAUUUUUUAUGUUUUAUAUUUUGCGCAGUAAAGUAUGUAUUCGUCUUUUUCGUUUCAUACAAAAUACGCGUAAUUUUAUACAUUGAAGUGGCACGUUAUACAUCGACGGCAUGGAAGGGUUUUAAAACACAACUUCCCGUCUCGGUCCGUCCACGUCGUAACCCUGUUGCGUAUGCAGCGACCCCAUAGACGUAUUAUGCGAGCUACAAACGUUCAGUUUUAACUGUACAGUCGAACUGUUCAGUUUAAUAGUACAGUUUUUUCUAAUGAUUUUGUUUUAAAGUUCGAUUAGAUGAAACUGUACAGUUAACACUGCGCAUUUAUAACUACAGUUAGUGUGCUGUGCGGGUGACAGUUCAUUUCACUCUUGAAAGUGUGUCGCGAUUUACGAUAAUAUUACGUAUUAUGAACGUCGUAAGGCAACUGUCACCUGUACCAUGCUACAGUGCAAAAGUUCUGUAGCCCGGAUAGAUAAUACGUCACUAUGCGACACUUACUUUAACUGACAAUCUUCAUUUUGAAAAUGACCGCCAUGACCGAAAUUAAGUUCAGAUGACAUUAAUGUAUUAACUGUACUUAUUAUUAUUUAUUUAUUCAAUGAAUAUUAUUUAAUUACUAAAUUACAAUCAAUAUCAAAAUACUGUAUACAUAGCAAUUAAUUACCAUUUAGUUAAUUUUUAUUAAAAUGUGCCUAUAACUAUUUUAAAGAGCGAGAAAGAAAUUAUUCAUAGCGAGUGUAUUGAGUUUUUACCUACGUAAUGACAAAUAAAGCCACCUACAGAUGUGCCAACAUCAAUGAGCAGGAUGACCGUUCCAAUCUCACUAACAACACGUAAAUCCGUGUGUUGUCUACGGAUCUAAUUUGGCUGAAGUUGGCAUGUCUGUUAAGUAGUAAUUGCUAUAGACGUAGGCUAUAGUUACGUGUAAGUCGGGAACGCGUUGUCAAUGCGAACUUUUCGUCGAUUCGCAUCGUGUGUUCGUACGUCAAACGAUUACUGAUACGUUCAUCUGAUCUCAUAAAAUAUGAAUGUUUGUAUGUAACUUUUGUAAAAUAAACGCCAAUACGGUGUGA